GUUAGGUAAGCGCAGAGAAUAAAACCAACGUUAACAAUCCAAACGGAUGAGCAAAGGAGCGGUUUUUGAAGGAGAACCUGAAUUCAAAUCACGAACGACGCUUUUGGUACGGAAUGUGGUAUAAUUUCUGGACGGUACAGCUAUUAAAUGUACUGUUUAUACGACUAGGAUUUCCCAGUGAGUGAGAGCAGCCAAAUAGGCAAGUGGAUAGAUAGAGGGCCAGAGGGGGAUAUUAGGGGACACCCCACACCAUCUGUGAGGGGGAGAAUAUAAAUUUGGUAGUAUCCACGAAGUGAGAAGGGAAUCAAUCAUGCCAUCAGGUGCUAAGAAGAGAAAAGCUGCCAAGAAAAAGAAGGAACAAGCAGCCAACAACAUCAAUUCAUCAACUAACAACAACCCACAUGGAAAUGAUGAUCCGAAAAGCCAAGAUGAAAGGGAAAGUGAUGGUAGUGAUGUUGGUUCCCCUGCAUCUCAGGAUGAUCACAAUCACCAGCAUCCAUUCAGUAAGGGGGAAGAAGAAGGGAAAAGAACACCAUCACCUCUUCAAUCACAUGUAACCGAGGACAAGUCUGUGGAAGAAGCCACUAGAGAUGGAGAAAGCACCAAGAAAUCAGGAUUGGAUGAUGUUGGUGUUAAAAUUGAAAAAGAGUGGGAACCUGGGGAGGAUCUUGAGAGCACACAUAUUCCUAUUCAGCACAGUGAGCAUGAUAAGAGUUCUAGCAGCAGCAGCAGUAGUAGUAGCAGGAGUAAUGCAGAUGAUGAAUCUCAAGCCUUUCAGAAGAUGUCAAAGGAAGAAGCCUAUAAUCUUGGUUCUGAAGUAACCUCAUAUAGCAAUGAGGAUAAAUCUGUUAUGUCUGAAGAAGUUCCGAAGGUUGCUGAAACUGAAACACUCAGGGAUCUGGAUGGUAAUUCUGCAGUGGAAACUGCCGCUGGUGACAAUUUGGUAAAAACUGUGUUAUCUGUGACAGAGGAAGUGGGUCGUGCUACAGAAAUUUCUGCAAACAAAUCAGUAUCUGAUGUAGUUGAAUCAGGGUUGAAAGAAAGUCAAGAGAAGUUAUUGCCCUCAUCAAAUGGGACUUCUAGGGGUGAAUUGGAAGGAAAUGAAGGAAAAAAUUUCCCAUCUUCAGGUACUCCUGCUGAAAGUAGUUAUGUUGUAGAGAAAACCCAAGAUUCUGGGCCCCAUGAUGAUUCUAAAAAGCAGGCUCUAGUUGCUCCGAGUCCACCAGUGGUGCAAAGAACGUCAUUGUUAAGUUGCUGCGGAUUGUUUGAUGUUUUUACUGGUUCUGGGAGAUAAUUGCAGAACCAUCCGGUCACGGGGAUUUGCGAGACAUGGCAGCUCAUCAAAGUUACAAAGGAUUUGGUUUCAAGACGUCUAUUUCAUUUCAAGGCUCAAUGAUUUUCCUGAAGAGUAAUGGGCAACAGACCUAGCUAGAAAAACGGCUAUAAGUUCUGCGGUAGUGACAGUACUGAUGCUGAUAGUAGCUAGUCAUUCCUAGCUUUAAUUACAUUCUUUUAUUGGCACUUUCGCAGUGUAGUUUCUUAGCUAGGUGUGCGUGUGUUGUAUCUACUUCUUGUUUUGGGUUGAGUGAAGUAGUUUCCUUCAAAUAUACAAGGCUUAUGUGAGUAACUUCAGCAUGAUUGCUAUGUUGGUUUCAUUAUCAUGAAUUUUAUAAUCUCUGUUCGUUUAAGCAAAUUUGUAGUUUUGUUUUUUCUUGAGGUCGUCCC